AUGGCUGUGACACUAUACUCGGCCGAGUCCACCACCGUGGAUGCAGCCUUGUUCCUUAACUACCUCGAACAAGUUCGGACUGACACGAUAGGAAAAUACGGCUUCAAGCCCUCCGAGGCCGAUAAGGCGGCUUUGGACAAGGCGACACCCAAGAUCACCGUCGUAGACCGCACCAAGAGCUAA